AUGCAAAUCAUCCCACUUCGACCAGUGUAUCCUGAUUCCUGUAUAGAUGAUAUGCUUGAAUUAAUGUUACAAUACCCAGUUUUCUUUUAUAAGAUUAGAAAAUUAAAACUCAGACUUUUUAAUUCCUCACCUAGCUAUUCUAAAAAUUUUAUAUUACAAAUGAUUAAUUUAUAUCAAAAUCUUAAACAAAUUUCAUUAAAUUCUUCUAGUUUUCCUAUAUAUCAGUCAUUAUUGUUAUCAAAAGAUUAUAAUCAUUCAUCAAGUACUUUGAAUACAAUCAUCUUAUAUGACCUCAAUUUUAAAGUUAUAACUAAUUUAGACAAACUAUUUAAACAAUUAAAUGUUUUAGAAUCAGUUCAUAUCAUUUAUUGUGAUUUAGGUACUGAUUUUAUUCAACAAAUAAUUAACUUAACUAAACCACUUAAGUUAAAAUCUUUAUUAUUUAAUGGUAAUAAAGAAUUACAAAUUGUUGAAUCAUUACAAUUAUUAUUACAAAAAUAUGGUGAUUAUUUAGAAAAUUUUAGGUUUAAAGUUGGUUCUAAUUCGUUUAUAUCUGAGGAACAACAAUUACUUGAAUCAAUUAUAAAAUAUUGUAAAAAUAUUAAAUUUCUCGAUUUAACUGUAAUUGAUAGUACUCAGAUUAUUUAUUCGUUAUUGAAUUUUACUGAAAAUGUAAAACAAAAUCUUAAUCAUCUUUCUAUCACUGUCUAUAACAAUUUUGGUCGUCUAAGUUAUAUUGAUCUAAGUACAAUUCUGUUACAAAAUUUAGGUCAAUUACUUCCUCUUAAAUUAGAAUAUUUAAGUUUAACUCUUAAUAUUAAAUAUAAAAAUGAUUUUGAAAUGUUCUUAAAAAAUUCUCAGAAUACUUUUAUUAAAAAAUUGUUAAUCAAUAAUAAGGGAAGUAAAGAUGAUAAUAAGGAAGGUCAUGAUAUUCAUGAUUUUAUUUUAUCCUAUUUAAAAGAAUAUAUUAUGAAAAAGGAAAGAAUCAAAUAUUUGGCUAUUAUUAAUUUCAAUACUGAUUUGUUUUCAUUUAAAGAUGAAGUGAAAGAAUUUGAGUUAUAUAAUAUUAAAAUUCAAAAAUAUUGUGAUUUGUUUAUUGAUUCUAAUUUAAAAUUUGUAGAAGAAUUGGAAGAUUUUUAA